AUGGCAAACCAGACGGCUGUGACAGAAUACAUCUUGCUGGGGCUACACGAGCACCCUAACCUAGAGAUGGUCCUGUUUGUGCUCUGCCUGGGCAUCUACUCCAUGAAUAUGCUGGGGAACUCCCUCCUCAUCGGGCUGAACGUGCUGGACCCCCGCCUGCACAGCCCCAUGUACUUCUUUCUCAGCAACCUCUCCCUCAUGGACAUCUGUGGCACAUCCUCCUUUGUGCCUCUCAUGCUGACCAACUUCCUGGGAGCCCAAAGGACCAUCUCCUUCCUUGGUUGUGCCCUGCAGAUGUACCUGACCCUGGCGCUGGGCUCCACGGAGUGCCUGCUCCUGGCUGUGAUGGCAUAUGACCGUUAUGUGGCUAUCUGCCAGCCGCUUAGGUACCCAGAGAUCAUGAGUAGGUGGACGUGCUUGUGGAUGGCAGUGCUGAGCUGGGGGACAGGUUUUGCCAUUUCACUGCUGCAGUCCCUUCUCACCUGGAGCCUCCCCUUCUGUGGCCACAAUAUCAUCAAUCACUUCUUCUGUGAGAUCUUGGCAGUGCUGAAACUGUCCUGUGGGGACAUCUCUCUCAAUGCACUGCUAUUGAUCAUGGCCACGGCUGUCCUGACGCUGGCCCCACUCCUCCUCAUCUGCCUGUCCUACAUUCUCAUCCUUGCUGCCAUCCUUAGGGUGCCCUCUGCCGCAGGCCGGUGCAAAGCCUUCUCCACCUGCUCUGCCCACCUCACAGUUGUGGUGGUUUUCUACGGGACCAUCUCCUUCAUGUACUUCAAGCCCAAGGCCGAGGACCCCAACCUGGGUAAGAUUAUUGCAUUGUUCUAUGGGGUCGUGACGCCCUCACUAAACCCCAUCAUCUACAGCCUGAGGAAUGCAGAGGUGAAAUCUGCUGUCCUAGCCCUGCUCUGGGGAGACCUGCUCUCCAGGAAAUUGUCCCACCUUCCCUGUUGCUCUUCAACUGUGUCACGCAAGACAGCUAGGUCCGUCAUGGUAAUGACUUCAAAUCACAGUGGCUGA